AAAAAGAAAAAGAAAAGGAAGAAAAAAGCCAACUUGCGGUGCCCUUCCUUCCCUCGGACGAGGAGGCCGGCGGCGACGAUGGGCGGCGAGGGCAAGUCGAGGAAGCGCCGCUCUUCUCCCUCCUCAGGGGAGGAAGAGGGGAGGGAGCGCAAGAGGCGGGACAAGAAGGAGAGCAGGAGGAGCAGCCGUCCCGACAGGGAGGAGGAGGUGGAGGAUAGGCACAAGAAGAGGAAGAAGAGCAAGCACAGCGACAGGGACAAAGGCAGAGAGAGGGAUUCCAAGGAGAGGCAUUCCAAGGAGAAGGAGAAGAGCAAGCAGAAAGACAAGGUUGCAGGCUUCAAAGAAAUAUCCAAAGAUGACUACUUUGCAAAGAACAAUGAGUUCGCAACCUGGUUGAAGGAAGAAAAAAGCAAAUAUUUCUCAGAUCUUUCUUCAGAGUCUGCUCGUGAUCUGUUCCUAAAGUUUGUGAAAGCGUGGAACAAAGGAAAGCUGCCAUCACAAUACUACGAGGGGAUUACAAGCGGCCCACGAUCAGCACACAAUUGGAACAUCAAAGCGUGAGACAAGUUCUGUUUCGUCGAGACCAGCUUGAGACCUUUUGUGUUUUCCUGGCGAGAUUUUGAUACAGUUGUAAUAGUACAACUAUUUUUCAUCUUCUAGGAUAUUGCAUUUAAGCUGACGUGGAUAAUGUUUGUUUAAUGCUAGUUUUUAUGAUUUAUUGUUAGAUCCUGGCAAUGAGCAAACACCUGCUGUUUCUCUGACAAAAAGCUGGCGUUCUGGUGAUAAGUGCCUAUAUGUGUAUGUUCUUGUAAUACUGGGUUUUUUUAAACAAAUCUUACAUGGUUAUACCCAGUUACUCA